AUGUCUUCCACGCCUGUUCCCCCAACGCUGCGCAAGAAGGUGCUGCGAGUGCUCUUCAUCUCGCUGCUCCUGGACCUGAUAUCCUUCACAUUCAUUCUUCCGCUCUUCCCUAAGCUCCUCGAAUUCUACCGCGACCAUGAAUCCGCGCAGAACCACGCCGAGCCCACCCUUCUCGCGCGCAUCCUCGCCGGCCUAAACGCGUACAAGAACUCGUUCGCCAAACCCAUCAACGACCGCUACGACAUCGUCCUCCUUGGUGGUGCCCUCGGCUCGCUUUUCUCCUUCCUCCAAGCCAUCGCUUCGCCCAUAAUUGGCACACUCUCCGACCGCUACGGGCGCCGUACCGCGCUGCUAUGGUCUAUGACGGGCAACGUGCUCAGCGUAGCGCUGUGGGUCGCAGCGACCGAUUUCCGCACAUUUUUGGCAAGCAGGGUGGUGGGAGGACUGAGCGAGGGAAACGUACAGUUGGCAAUGGCGAUUGCGACGGAUAUCAGUGACGAGAGCCAGCGCGGGGCCACGAUGGCGCUGGUCGGCGCGUGCUUUAGCAUCGCAUUUACGUUUGGCCCUACGCUAGGAGCGUGGCUGUCGACCAUCCAGAGCGUGAAGGACAACCCGUUUGCGACUGCGGCAGGGUUUUCGCUUUUCCUCAUUGUAACGGAGACAGCGUACCUGUACUUUUGUCUUCCGGAGACCUUGCCAACGUCCAGCGGAGUAGAGAAGAAACAGACGAACGGGAAAGUGGUGAAGGAGGAGAGCGAGGAAAAGCCGCGCGUGCGCACGAACUCGCACACCCUCCUCAAUGCGACGCACUUCUUCUUCAUCCUCUUCUUCUCCGGCAUGGAAUUCUCCCUCCCGUUCAUGACGUACGAUCUCUUCUCCUACGGAUCCAAGGACACAGGCCGACUCCUCGGCUUUAUAGGACUCAUUGCAUCGCUGCUGCAAGGCUCGGUCGUACGACGCACCCACCCACUCAAGGUCGUGAAAAUGGGCGUUGUCAGCUGCACAGUUGCCUUUUUCCUCCUCGGUCGUGUAGAGAGUCAAAAGGGUCUAUAUGCAGCUGCGGCGCUGCUGGCCGUCACCAGUGCAACUGUGGUCACGGGCUUAAACAGUUUGAGCAGUUUCGAAGCGAGCGCAGGCGAAAGAGGUGGAAAGCUUGGAAAUCAUCGGAGUUUCGGUCAAAUCGGUCGCUCCCUUGGACCGCUGAUCUUCUGCUCGCUGUACUGGUGGGCCGGGCGGGAGACUGCUUAUGCGGCAGGUGCCGCCGGAAUGAUUGCAGUGUGUGCGCUGGUUUUCGGUGGACUGAAGGUACCACCAGGGACGGAAAUUGUACGAAAGGGCAAGGCGAAAGCAACGUAA